UUAAUUUGGAAUUCUAUACACCCUGUAAUACAACAUAGAGUUUAAUGUCUGUGCAUCAUAACUGAUACAUCCUGACAUAUUAAAGGGUAAACUGUUUCAACAGACAGAUGCCCUUUGUCUCACGGCAUCAUCAUUUUCGCCAUCAUACUGCCAAACCUUAUAUUUAACAGUGUGCUGUCAGGCUUCUCUCCACCUCUGGGCGCCUUGAAUCAUUCAGUUCUGCCCUCCAGUCUGCAAACUCCAUAUGCACACUACCGUAACAGAUACAUCCAAUCACACUGGAAUUUUACAGCUGUGAGUCAGUGACAGCAGCAGCUGAGUCUCAACAGCAGCCGGCUGCAUGUUUAUCCAAAUGGCAUUUGGGUACCUGUACCAGCAGGCCCUGGGCGUCACAGGGAGCACACCUUUCCUGCCACGGUGAGGGCGAGAACAGGAUGGAACUGUAUCGUUCACAGUCUCAAGCAACGGACUACUGGAACUCCUUCGAGGACAUAACCAGGGAUGUCAGAAUGCCAAAGCUUUCGUUUUCAAAGAUUCGGUUCUAUGAAAUCAAGGACUUCAUGCCAAAUAUGAAGCGGCCUAGAAGAAUUGAUAUCGUUCUCAAUCGAAAGAGGCACAAGAAGGACAUCGAGUGCCUCAUGGUUAAAAAGAUAAACGAUGAGACGUCUCCUUCACAGCUCAGCUGGCAGACUGAACACAAACCCCACCCAACUCUGGAAAAACUGCUACGGAAUAAAAAAUAUUUAGCAGCGUUCUGCUCCUUCCUGCGGUCUGAGUUCAGCGAGGAAAACAUCCAGUUCUGGCUCGCAUGUGAAGACUUUAAGUCGACGGCCUCACCGGACGACAUUCGCUGGAAAGCCGAGGAGAUCUACCGGGAGUUUGUCGAGCCUACGGCCUGCAGAGAGAUCAAUGUGGACCACCAUAUUAGAGAGAAGAUUAAGGAGUCUCUGGAGAAUCCCAGCCGCUCCUGCUUCGACGAGGCCCAGAGACACGUUUACCUGCUCAUGGAAAGAGACUCUUGCCCCAGAUUCCUGCACUCCGACACCUACCUGAGUCUAAAGCACAAAUCCAGGAGUCUCUGGUACAUUUAGCUGAGACGCAAGGUCAUCAGAACCUGAGCAACGCUGCUUUCUUCUGAUCCUCAGUAUUUGUUUCUUCUUUCGAUUUUGGCUGAAUUGAGAAGUUAUUUCACACUGUGUGGGAGGUGAGAGCUGAGGAUGACGUGUCGGCAAAAAGAAAACAAAGCAGGACAAACGCCGUACGAGGAAAAAGUGAUGUGAGUGGGAAACAGUACAUGCAUGUAGGGGAGAAAGAAGGCUGUUGGUAUGUGUCAGCACUUUAGACGAUUGUGCAGAGUUUUGAGUUGAGUUGGAAAUUCUGUAUGUGUAAAGUCUGAAAGUCUCAGUAAGUUAGAGAACAGUGUACAGAUGAUAAAAGUGUCAUUAAAUUGUUUCUAACAUGGAAAAUGAAAUGACCUACUUCUUAAGAAAUGGGCAUUAAAUUCACCUUUUUUUUCAAACUUCACGAUCAAUACUGGAUUUAUUUCAGGAGAUGACUGUGCCAGUUCCUGCUUAUCAUUCAUAGCUUGUCUUAAUAUUCUUUCUUAUUUCCAUAUAGUCAGACAGUUGAGACGGGUUUAUAUUUAUCUGACUGUCUAACUGGAGGCGUGCAGAUGGGCAUGAGUCAAAGAAGAAAAGGAAAAAAAAAAAGAAAAGGAGAACAGUUUCCACAGCUCAGCCGGCAAGGAGAUUCUGUUUUUGGUCACAUGUCUGAUACAUCCUCUAAUUGGGCGCAGAGAUGACUCCACACACCAGCAAUAGGGUUUACCAAAGUGGAAAGAAGUAACCCCACAUUAACCCUUGAUCCCGCUCGGUUCUGUAAAUGGCCUUAUUCCUGAAAAAUGUGCCUUAAAAAGGAGUACUGAGGCAGCUAAUAAUAACCCAGGGGCUUAAACGACAACACUGGAGUCAUCGGACGACCUGAUGCGUAACAGAUCAGCCUGCAUGAGCUGCCUUGUUAGGGGAAUAAUCUCAUCACCCGCAGACAACGAUGGCCCAGACACACAAGUGCUUUAACUCAGAGAAAUAACCUGAAAGACAUCUACUUCGGGAAAAAGAUCAUAAUGCUAAAGCAAAGAAUAAGCUUUGUGUAUUUAUUUGAAAUCAAGACUGAUGUUUUAUGGGUCAUUUCUGUUAAAGCCUUCGCUUGAAACUCUAGUAGCUUGUUUUGAUGUCAAGCAGUCUAUCCAAUAA